AAUUUAUUAUCCCUCCCGUGCCAGGGCGAAGAAGGCCAGACCACCACCACCCAUGGCGAUGGCGCUCCUCCUCUCCCCGACCGUCUCCUUCCUCUCUUCCCCCUCCGCUCCACGCUCCCCAGGUCUCUCCGCCGCCGCCGCCAGUGUAUCCUACCCCGCCCCAAGGCUGCAAUGUAAGGGCCUCUUGUUCCAACAGAACCCUCUGAAUGUGACUGCUCCUUGUGCUUCUUUGGCCGAGAAGAGGCUGGUUCUUGUCCACGCCGCCACAGAGGGUGGCGAGGCUGACGCGGGGCAGCCAGAAGAGCCGAAACCUGUGACUAAGAUUGAGGAAAUGCCGCUCGAGUCAAAGCAGAAGAUGAUCAUGGAGCAGAGGGCGCGGAUGAAGCUCGCCAAGAAACUGAGGCAGCGGCGCAAGCGGCUUGUCCGCAAGAGGAGGCUUAGGAAGAAGGGCAGAUGGCCACCGUCCAAGAUGAAGAAGCUCAAGAACGUAUGAACAGCGUGGAUGUUAGCCGCCACUCUUACUUGGCUUUAUUGAUACUCUGAGCUUGUCCAGUUUACCAAUUUUGUUGUUCAGAAUCUGAAACGCAAUGCCUGUAAAAUGUAAUUCUGUUUACGUAAUUGAAUCUUCUCACAGUCUGCUGGAGUCACUGUGUCUGAAUUUC